UCACUUUUUGAAGCCCUACAAAUUCCCCCCCUUCCCCCUUCAUUCUCUCCCCAUGCCUUUCUCCAAUUCCCUUCUUUCCCUCUUCUCCCCUGUUCUUAAAAACCUUCACUUUAAUGGCUACCAUGGUUUACCGAAGUUUACAAUCAUGUCUUGACUCUAAUCUUGUCGAUCAAAGAACCUUCAUUUUCCCUCCCUUUGAUCUCCCUUUAAAACACCCCUUUCCCGACUCUUCUAAAUCCUUAAUCCAUUCCGAUCAAUGCCAGAUUCCAAAUAAUUCUUCCCCUGCUGGAAUUCCCAAUUCCGGAGCCGGAGGCUGGACUUUCCUUCAAUCCCUCGAUGUCGGCGAGACUCCGGUGAGUAAACCAGAAUCUUUUUAUGUCCACCCACUUGCUAAACGGUUUAACCCAACUGGCCUGAGCGAGAAAAGCUUGAAACUCUGUACUGAAAAUUUGGGUAAUGAAACCGGUAGUGAUAUAAUCGAGAAUAAUAUUUUCUCGCCGGAGACUGACGGUGAGGAUUUGCAGAGAAAAUGGGAAAGAAAAUCCCAUUCUUAUUCUAAUUCUCAUUCCCAUCAAUUUCCCCCGCCGUUGACAACGAUUGGUGAAACAGAGUCGUUUAGGGUGAUGCCCCACCGGGAAGAGGGGAGGCUGAUAAUUGCGGCGGUGAGAGCUCCGGCGAGGCUGCCGUGUUUUCAAGCAGAGAGAAGUGGCGGUCGCCUGAAGCUCUGUUUCAUGACAACAGAGGAAAGUGAAGAAAUGGACAGCGGCGAUGAGGAGGUCGGAGCUGAAACGGAGACGGCGACGAUGAUGAAAAAUGAAGAAAAUGGGGAGAACAAUGGUCGAGUAAAUUUGGAGCAAUUUAGUAUUGCUACUUUUUGAUUGUAUAAAAAUAAAAGUCUUCAAGUUUAAUUUGUACUUUUUCAUCCACAAAAGUUUAAGUUUAGUUUCUUUUUGUCUUAUUUAUAUCGAAAUCUUUGUCAAUCAUAAUGACA